AUGGUGUGCGCCAAGGACUGCUUCCAAAAGGUGGAAGAGUUGUGUCAGACUGGGACGCCUUACUGCUGCGCGGACCUCCGACCCCGCUUCAGCAGACUCGAAAACCACGUGAAAGAAUAUGAGUCUUUCAGUCAGUCUCGGAGGAAGUGUCCCCGGCCGCUGCGGGAUCACGAGUCUCACUGUCCGGCAGCGGUCGUGGUCCAGAUAUUUCUUACAGUAUCUGCAACGUUGAAUACUGCUAUGUUCACUGAACAGCAAAGGGAGAAAAUUACCGUUAUAUGUCCAAAUUUGAAAAGGGAAGGAAAUCCAGGUAUUGAUGGCUCUGAGAAAUUGACGGGAGAUUUUACGGAUAUUGAAAAAGCUUAUCACUACUUUAAGGAGAUCCUUGCAGGCAAUGACACAAACCAUGAUUUUUCACAUUCUGGAAGUAAGAAGGGUUUGGAAGAUGAAAAUGGUCUGAAUACAGAAGAAAUGAAUGAGCUUACAGUUUUGUCGGCUCUGUAUGAAUAUUACAGUCAUACCUGCAGAGAACACUUCAGAGUACUGUGGGAACAUUUUGGAGUGCGUGUAAAAAGUAAAGAUCAUUACAACGGAACCACAUCAGUAUACUUCACUUCUGAUAAAAGUCCUGCAUCAAUACAAAGAGCUAAAGAUUUUUUUAUCACAACUUUUCAGAAAAGCGUAGGAGAUCUGAAACAGGAAAAGAUUCCCGUAACAAACAGUUACACGUUAAAUGAGACAAUAACGAAAUUAAAUGCUAGGUUUAGUAAUCUUCUUGCCAAAGAGGAAGGGAAUCAGUUGCUGCUCCGUGGUCCAGCGAGUGAGAUUUUAGCUGCCAAAAAACUUCUAGCAGAGGAAGGUGAGAACAGCCAAGCUGAAAAGAAAAUGAAAAUAUCAUCCGAACUGUACAAAUACAGGAAUGGAAUUGAAGUUGAUGCUUCUCUGUAUAAAUUGUUGGAAACAGUAUUAAGCAAAGAAACUGAAGACAUUAAAGACAAUUUUGACACAGUAAUAGAAAAGACAGACAGUUCAUACGGCCAGAAGGUUCUCAUAGUAUUUAGGCCUAGGAUGAAAACUUCUGAUAUGUCUUCACAUGCUACUGAAAGUUUCAUCAAUGCGUUUCAGAAUGCCUCUGCAAUGUUAAGAGAAAAAGUCAUCAGCUCGAAACUUUCGGAAGAUCAGAAGAAACGAUUAAACGUGUUGCUUAAUGGAAAACAAUUGGAAGAUCUGCAUGUAAAACUUAAGAGGAAGGAAGACAGAUUCAUCUUAAGAGGUUUACCAGACCAUCUUAAUGCUGCUGAAAAGCACAUUAUGAACCUUCUUAGCAUUGAAGACUCAACGCCAACUAAAAAUAGGACACCGCUGUCCUCUGAUCGCAGCUAUCAAGAAGCUACAGGAGCCUCUGAGAAGAAACAGGGUAGCAACCAAAAGAAUAAACUUUCAUCUGAAGGACAGCCUAAGGCAAAGACAGAAGAAAAAGACAAAGAUGUGUGUCCGAUUUGCAUGGAGACAAUUAGUGAUAAAGAAAUACUGGUAAAGUGCAAUCAUGCGUUUUGCAGAAGUUGCAUCGCCCAGGCCAUGACUUACAAGCAAAGUUGUCCGGUUUGUAACACCGUCUAUGGACUCGUGAAAGGAGACCAGCCCGAGGGAACAAUGUCAACUAGAGUGAUGUCUACAUCUCUCCCAGGUUAUGCCGGCUGUGGUACUAUUGAGAUUACAUAUAGUAUGUACAGUGGUAUUCAAACUAGCAACCAUCCAAACCCAGGGAAACCUUACUCCGCAACUACUCGAUUAGCUUAUUUACCCGACAAUAAGGAAGGGCGAGAAGUUCUGCAGCUCCUCAGACGAGCCUUUAACCAAAAACUGAUUUUCACAGUGGGGCACUCACGUACUACUGGUGUACAAAAUGUUAUCACAUGGAAUGAUAUUCACCACAAAACUUCCAUGACUGGAGGACUUACCAAAUUUGGUUACCCUGAUCCUCAUUAUCUCCAGCGGGUUCGAUCAGAGUUGAAAGCAAGAGGAAUUGAAUAG